AUGUUCAGUAGACAAUUAUUACGCUCAAUUUCUUUGAGAAACUCAAUUCCAAGUACAAGAAAUGCAGUUAGCCAAUAUGCUAGACCAAGUAUUCAAUUGGGCCGUACUCAAUUCUAUUCUACCUUCAAGGCUGAAGAGCAACCAAGAAUAAGAAUUGGAUCUGAGGCACCAAACUUCACAGCCGAGACUACUGAAGGUAAAAUUGAUUUCCAUGAGUACAUCGGUAAUGAAUGGAUUGUUUUGUUCUCUCAUCCAGCUGACUUUACUCCGGUCUGUACCACUGAAUUAGGAGCUUUCGCUAGACUUGCCCCGGAAUUCAACAAAAGAGAUGUUAAGUUGAUUGGUUUAUCUACAGAAGGUGUAGAAAGCCACAAGGCAUGGAUCAAGGAUAUUGAAGAUGUCACUUCCGGUGGUGCUAAGUUUUCUUACCCAAUCAUUGCCGAUGCUGACAGGAAGGUCGCAUUCUUGUAUGACAUGUGUUCUGAGUCUGAUUUCCAAAACAUCGGUAAGGGUAUGGUUCCAACUGUCAGAUCUGUGUUUAUUAUUGAUCCAGCUAAGAAGGUCAGAUUGAUCAUGACAUACCCAGCUUCAACCGGUAGAAACUCUUCUGAGGUUUUGAGAGUCAUUGAUGCUUUACAAUUAGCUGACAAGAAGGGUAUUGCUACCCCAAUUGACUGGUCUGUUGGUGAAGAUGUCAUUAUUCCUCCAACCGUCUCUAAUGAGGAUGCUAAGGCCAAGUUUGGUGAUUUCAAGACCUUAAAGCCUUACUUGAGAACUACAAAGUCUUCUUAA